UGAACUCGUCACUUUAAACUCCUAGUAAAUCAAAAUGGGUGCUAUCGAUCGAAUCUCUCAAAUUGGCGGCCAGAUCUCUGGUAACCCGACCGCCGGCGGUCGCGACAAGAUCCUGGAGAAGCACCCUGAUGAUAUUGUCGUCACUGCCGCCUGUCGAAGCGCAUUCACAAAGGGUGGCAAGGGAGGCUUCAAGGACACCCAGGCUGCUGACCUCAUCACUGGCGUCCUCAAGGCCAUCCUCGACCGUUCCAAGAUCAACCCCGCCCUCGUCGAGGAUCUAUGCGUCGGUACCGUUCUGGCUCCCGGCGGCGGUGCCACCGAGAUGCGCGCUGCUAGUCUGGCUGCUGGCUUCCCCGAGUCCAUCGCCGUUCGAUCCCUCAACCGACAGUGCUCCUCCGGUCUGCAAGCCACCGUCGAUGUGGCCAACCAGAUCAAGACUGGCAUGAUUGAUAUUGGCAUUGGAGCUGGUGUUGAGAGCAUGUCGCUGCAAUACGGACCUGGCGCCGACCUGGGCAUUACUCGCGCUGCCCAAGACGCUUUCGCUGCCUCUUCAUACCAAAAAGCAGUCAAGGCUCAAAAGGCUGGUCUGUUUGAUGAGGAGAUUGCCCCUCUCAAGGUCAAGGUUGAGGACAAGGAGGGUAACAUCAAGGAGAUUACCGUCUCCAGGGAUGAUGGUGUCCGAGAUGGCAUCACUGCCGAGUCUCUGGGCAAGAUUCGACCCGCCUUUGCCAAGGAUGGUUCUAUCCACGCUGGCAACGCCAGUCAGAUCUCGGACGGUGCUGCCGCUGUCCUUCUCAUGAAGCGUUCCACCGCUGAGAAGCUUGGACAGAAGAUCCUCGGCAAGUACGUCUGCGCCUCGGUCGUCGGCGUCAAGCCCCUCCUGAUGGGCCAGGGCCCCUGGAAGGCCAUCCCCAAGGCUCUCGAGCAGGCCGGCAUCUCCAAGGAUGACGUUGAUAUCUGGGAGAUCAACGAGGCCUUUGCCAGCCAGUGCCUGUGGUGCGCCAACGAGCUUGGCAUUCCUCAGGAGAAGAUCAACCCCAAGGGAGGUGCCAUUGCAUUCGGCCACCCCCUGGGAUGCACCGGUGCCCGACAAGUCUCUACUCUGCUGUAUGAGCUGAAGCGGACGGGCCAGAGGGUUGGUGCGACGUCCAUGUGUGUGGGAACUGGUAUGGGAAUGGCUGCUAUCUGGGUGGCUGAGUAGUGUACGAUACCUAUGUAUAUCUAGCUUUGAAAUUCAUGUCAAAAUCCUUUUAUAACCGUUCC